GGGAUUUUGAAAAAGAGUUGGUCGUCUCAAUGUAGGGAAUGCUAUGACCGCCUCAUUACUCCUCCACUCGCACUGGAUUGACCCGGUGAUGUUUCUGUACGAGAACGGUUUGGAUGAAAGAAGCAAGAACAUGGAAGGAUUUACCGGAGGCAAUUUUGCUGCAAAUCAGUGCAGGAAUCUGUUAGCGCAUCCAACCUCACUGGCGCCCAGCACCACCUACACUGCGAGUGAGGUGCCAGUGUCUGGCAUGGGGGAACCUGGCAAACAGUGCAGCCCCUGUUCUGCCACUCAGAGCUCGCCCAAUGCAUCUUUGCCCUAUGGAUAUUUUGGCAGCAGUUAUUACCCCUGUAGGAUGUCACACGGCAGUGUUAAAGCGUGCGCACAGCCUUCUGGUUAUGGCGAUAAGUACAUAGACUCAUCGGUCUCUGGUGAGGAGUUCUCUUCUAGAGCGAAAGAAUUUGCGUUUUAUCAGGGGUAUUCCUCUGGCCCUUACCAACCCAGCUACUUGGACGUCCCUGUCGUACCUGCGCUGAGCGCCCCAUCUGAGCCAAGACACGAGUCUCUGUUGCCCAUGGAACCUUACCAGCCAUGGGCCAUCACCAACGGUUGGAGUGGUCAAGUUUACUGCACCAAGGAGCAACCACAGUCAAAUCCUCUGUGGAAAUCCACUUUACAAGAAACUAUCUCUGGUGGAGACAACUCUGUGCGUCGUGGGAGAAAGAAGCGUGUGCCAUACACCAAGGUGCAGCUCAAGGAACUGGAAAGAGAAUAUGCCACCAAUAAAUUCAUCACCAAAGACAAAAGGAGAAGGAUAUCUGCGCAGACAAACCUGACAGAGAGACAAGUGACAAUCUGGUUUCAAAACAGGCGCGUAAAGGAGAAAAAAAUCGUUAAUAAAUUCAAGAGCUCCAGUUAGCUCCGAGGAUGGUGAAAGGUGGACAUGGAUGCCCUUUAAUCCGAAAAAAGAAAGAAAAACAAAAAGAAAGAAAAGAAAAAAGCAAAAAAAUACCCGUGCUAUAAUUUAUUACUUUAUGAACGCUUUUGUUGUCGCCAGAGAGGCUCUGUUUUGUCCUGCACAUUUCCUUCUCCUGUUUUAAUUGGAACCAGCCUAUACGGCCUGUUGACAGAAGAUCGGAAAUGCUUUGGAACACGUUGACCAAGGCAAUUGUGCGUGGGAUGCUUUAAUAUUAUUAACCAAAGACAUUCUGCUUGAAAAAAAAAAAAAAAAAAAAAAAAAAAAAAAAGAAGAGAAGAAGAAGAUACACGCUGUCCACUCACGGGCCUUUCUUCUUCUUAAUACAACACUGAAAUCAAGGCUGAAGCGCAUGGAAUCACUAACAGUGAGAACAUUUAUAGACAGUGUAAUGCUAAAUAAAAAUGUCACUGCAUAUAAACAGGCCAGGCUCAGGUAAUCACGGUCAAAUUCACAUAUUAAUUACAGGAUUCAAUUCUUCACACAAGUUCUUGGCGGCUCGAAAAAAAACAAGCUUAAAAAGCCAACUAGUUACUGAACUUAUUGAAAUAAACUUUAUCCUUUAGUAU